AUGGCCUCUUUCAGACCGCUCAAUAUCCUCAUUCUCGGGGCGACUGGCCAGAUUGGCAAAUAUAUCACAGAUGCCGUCAUUAAUGCCCAGCCGAGCUUUGAUCAAGUGACCAUCUUUACAUCCAAGGAGGCAUCAGCAAGCAAGGCGGACUACUUGGACAAGCUGCAGCAGAAGGGAGUCAGAAUCGUCAACGGAGAUCUUACAAACGAAAAGGACGUCAAAGCCGCGUUGGAGGGAAUCGACACGGUCGUCUCCGCCUUAGGCCGAGACGUCAUCAGACUACAAACCGAGCUUGUCCGGCUCGCUGAGGAAUGCACAUCUGUGAAAUGGUUCUUUCCGUCUGAAUACGGCACCGAUAUCGAGUACGGGCCCUCGAGCGCCAACGAAAAGCCUCACCAGCAGAAGCUCAAGGUCCGAAAGUAUAUCCGGGAGAACGUGAAGCGGAUGAAGUACACAUUCCUGGUGACCGGACCGUACAUCGACAUGUACUUCGACCUGAACGAUGCAAGACGGGAGGCCGGUGGCUUCGACCUGAACGAUGCAAGACGGGAGGCCGGUGGCUUCGACCCUGUCUGGAAGAAGGCGGUUUUGGUGGAGGAUGGCGAGGGCAAAGCAGGCUUCACGACCAUGCCUGACGUGGGAAAGGCAUUGGUGGCAGCACUGCGGCACCCCGAUGCAUCCUUCAACAAAGCACUCAAAGUGCAAUCCUUUGUGGUCACUCCCAAGCAGAUCUUGGCCGAGUUCGAGAAGCAGACGGGGGCCAAGUGGGAUGUGACCUACUCGUCACUACAGACCCUACGGGAUGCGGAGACCAAAGCUUGGAAUGAGGGAGAGCCGUAUGCGACCAUCCUAACAUUACGGAGGAUCUGGUCGGAAGGAGGAACGUUGUAUGAGAAGACGGACAAUGAGAGCAUCGGGCUGAAGGAUUCCGAUUUGGAAACGUUAGAGGGAGCUGCUGAGCUGAACGCACCGCAAGAUGUGAUCAACUGCAAGAAGAAGGCCAUUAACACGGCCGAACCAUAUCCGUCUAAAUGGUGGCAUUCGGCGCGACCAGAAUCCAAAACCACCGGCGGCCUGCUUCCCCAUUGUAUCCCAAUGAACGAUGCCGCCUUUGCGACUGUUUCCUCGAUAUUCACCGCGGGGGGUCUGGUAGGUGCCUUGUGCACCGGUCCUUAUGCCUCGAAACGAGGCCGGCUCUCUGCGAUGCGACUCACGGCUCUCCUAUACGUUGUGGGCGCAACCCUCGAGACGACGGCCGGGAACAUCCCUUGGCUCGCUGUCGGGCGUUUCCUAUCAGGCGUGGCCGCCGGGGCGUCCACUGUUGUCGUGCCACUGUAUAUCAGCGAGAUAUCCCCCCCGAGCGAGCGCGGUUUAUUCGGCGCUACCACGCAAAUCUCCAUCAAUGUCGGCAUAUUGUUCACGCAGACCCUGGGAUAUUUUCUAAGUUACGGCAGCGCGUGGCGCGGCAUCCUGGGGACCGGAAUCGCCAUUGCUCUUGUCCAGGCUUCUGGUCUUGUCUUCAUGCCGGAGAGUCCCGCGUGGCUGGCUGCGAACCGCGACGUCACCGAGGCGCGGCGCGUACUACAACGCAUUCGCGGGAGCAACUACGACAUCGGGGAGGAAACAGCAGCAUGGGAGGGUGGAGAUCUCGAGUCGGAGCGGGAAGGCCUGCUAUCACAGACCGGCGCCGAAGACGGACGCCCUACACCCAGCUCCAAGUCAUCGGGAUCUCAUCUGGGCUUCAUCCAGGUCGUCAAGGACUCCCAAUAUCGACCGGCCAUCAUUGCUGUUGUCGCCGUUGCGUUUGCUCAACAAUUUUGCGGCAUUAACUCGGUCAUUAUGUACUCUGUUUCACUACUCACAGAUCUCCUCCCCAUAAGCUCUGCCCUGCUGACGAUCCUGAUUUCCGUCGUCAACCUGGUGACGACUGUGUCUUGCUCCCCACUCCCGGACAGACUUGGGAGGAAGACGUGCAUUCUUCUGUCGAUCAUCGGUCAGGGAACCAGUUCGCUAGCUCUCGCUCUCUCCAUCCGGUUUGGCAUCAAGAUCCUGUCUGCCGUAUCCGUUGUCGCCUUUGUCGGGUUCUUCGCCGUGGGUCUAGGCCCCGUUCCGUUUAUCCUGGCAUCCGAGCUGGUCGGUCAAGAAGCGGUAGGAGCUACCCAAUCGUUAUGCCUGGCUGCGAACUACAUCGCCACUUUCUUCGUCGCCCAAUUCUUCCCCAUCAUCAAUGCGACUCUCAAUGACGUUUUGGGGGGCGCCGGUUGGGUCUAUUUCAUCUUUGCUGGGUUUGCCCUCUUCUUUGCCUUCUUCAUCAGCUGGAGAGUGCCAGAAACGAAGGGGAAGAAGGACGCGGAUGAGGUCUGGGGCAGGACACGACGCCUGGACUGA